AUGAUCCCCUCGUCACCAGAUUCCCUUUCCUCCUUCGAUCCGGCCCUACUACUUCAUUCCGAAGAACCUGAAUACCCUCUCCACCCACCCUCCGAAUCGUUCUCCGACGAUCUCGAGGCUAUCCACUCGCACCGGCGCGAACUGACUCGCAAUAAAGUCGUGAUCCAACACCGUGCAUGGAAUUUAUCGGAUGUAUUCCGCAGUGAAGACGAUAUAAGGCCAGGUAAUAACUACAAGAACACGAACUUCCCAAACACUCCGACUAAAUCGAUUGACAGAACGCCCAGGGCAAUCACGCCUACACCCAGUCGCAAAUUUCCUCUUCUACCGUCUUCCCCUCCCGCUAGAAUGCCGUUCAUAUCUUCUCCCAGUGCCUCAACUGCUGGGAACGCGACCAGCGAGGCACAGAAAAGAAAAGCCGCCGAGGUCGAAAGUCCCCAGCCGGCUCAGCCUAAGCGGCCGAAGUUUGUUGGAGGAUUCAUCGAUGAUGACGAUGACGACGAAGAUGAGAUUGCUGCUCUGAGAGACGAGCAGUUCAAGAACCAAUUUGAAUUGCAAGAGGAGGGCAAUCUAGGACCCUUCGCAAUCCCUGGUGUCUUGGAAGAGCCCUCUCAGAUCCUAUCGAGUCUAACCAGGGUAACUGACUCUACAGCCACGAGUACAAAUCGGCAAAUGGAAGUUACGCCUCGACCAGCACUGAAAAGGAUUCAGAUCAAGACCUGCAGGGGCAAAACGCAUGAUGUACCAUUGAGGAAGGCUCAGGCCCCCGUGUCUUAUGAGCAAAUGAUUGCUAGCCGAUCAGAAGCGGAUCCGGGGAAAGCUAGGAAGGCCUACUACGGUAUUGAGAUCCAUAAGCUUCUAGACGAGGCUGCACAACAAGACAAGGCUCCUGUUCCAGAGCCGGCACUUGCUCCAGUGCGCGAAUCGAUCGAAAAUAACGGAAAUCCUAAGAAAGCAAAGAUCGACUCGAUGAUGUGGACAGAGAAGUACCGAGCUCGCACAUUCACCGACCUUAUCGGAGACGAACGUACGCACCGAGCAGUCCUUCGCUGGCUGAGAGGAUGGGAGCCAGUUGUUUUCCGGGGCUCGCUAGUGGGCCCCCCUGGUCUCGGGAAAACUACUUUGGCCCAUGUUUGUGCCAAACAGGCUGGCUAUGAGGUGCUUGAGAUCAACGCAAGUGAUGACCGAAGUCGAGAUGUAGUCAAAGGUCGCAUCCGUGAUGCGCUUGGCACAGAGAAUGUCAAGGGCGCGAAUGUCGAAAUUGGCGAGAGAAAGGUGCGCAGGGCGGCAAAACCUGUGUGUGUUGUGGUGGAUGAAGUGGAUGGCGUUGUUGGAGGUUCUGGAAGCAGUGGGGAGGGCGGUUUCAUGAAAGCCCUCAUCGAUUUGGUGCUGUUGGACCAACGGAAUACUAAGUGGGCUGCCGAGAAUGGCGGCCAAGGCAAAAAGCGCAAGGGGGAUAACUUUCGCUUCUUACGGCCAUUGAUUUUGGUUUGUAAUGAUCUUUAUCACUCUAGCCUUCGACCUUUGAGAGCUUCUUCGAUUGCUGAGAUGAUCCACGUGCGACAAGCGCCAUUGGAGAAUGUCGUCCAGAGAGUCAAGACUAUUUUCACACGGGAAGGUAUCGCAUGUGAUGGCGAUGGCGCUCGAAGGCUGUGUGAAGCUGCCUGGGGACUCUCCAGUAGACGACAGAAAAACUCCAAAAAUUCGGGGUCUGCGGAGGGUGAUAUUCGAAGUGUCCUCGUUGCUGCAGAAUGGGUAGCACAUAAACUCCGGAACGAGCGCGCAGAUUCUCUGAGAUUGACACGCAAUUGGCUUGAGCAGCGAGUGUUGAGUACCUCAACUGAAGGUGGCUCAUUCUUCAAAGAAAUGAGCCGUGGAGGUGUCCGGGAGAUCGUGAACCGUGUUUUCACCGAAGCGGCUGGCUUUACUGAUGCCCCGAUCGGGAAGACAUCAUUCCAGGGCCAGUAUGAUGAUGCAACUAGUCGGGUGCCCGUUGGUGUUGCCGACUUACGGAAACGGCAUGGUAUUAACAGACUACGUGAGAUGAUCGAUGCUAGCGGCGAGCAAGAUCGGUGUGUGAAUGACUGCUACGCGGUGUACCCUGUCCAGCAGUACCAAGAUGACACAUUUCUCUCGAAGCCCAACGAAGCAUAUGACUGGCUUUACUUUCACGACACGAUAUCUGCCAAAGUGCACUCGUCGCAGGAGUGGGAGUUGUUCCCAUACCUCAGCCAGUCCACUCUUGCCUUCCAUCACCUUUUUGCAUCGGCCAGCGGCAAGACCGAGGCAGUUGACAAGGACGAUGACGAGGAAGCCGAAGAGGAACAUCCUUUCUCGGGCCCAAGAGCUGACUUCGCUGCGUUCGAGGCACAUAAACAAAAUCGUGCGGUGUUGAACGCUUUCCACUCUUCCUUUUCAGCUCCCCUGACCCGGAUAUUCCGCUCCAGCGAGAACGUCAUCACCGAGCUAGUCCCUCAUCUUAUCCGGAUGUUGUCGCCUGACAUCAAACCCGUAAUCGUCCGAAGCGGGGGCGAGCAAAGGAGCACAGCUAGCGUGCGCAAAGAAUCGGAGCGAGUUCUCGUCCAAUCAGCGGUGCGAGUGAUGGCGGGUUUGGGAGUGACGUUUGAUAAAGUCCGAGUCGAGCAUGAAGGAGGUGGCCAUGGGGGAUGGGCUUUUAGAAUGGAACCCCCUAUCGAUUCGCUAGUCGCAUUCUCAAAAAUGCCGAGCAACGGCCUCUCCAGCGGCACUGCGCCUGUUCGGUACGCUGUCCGCUCGGUGCUAGACCAGGAGUACCGGAAAGAAACGAUGCGCAAGGCAUCUGAAGCUCGCGGUGUGACAGGGAAAUCUGAUCUGAGCAAAUUGAAGGAGCAAGGGCCUUCCCAGAAGGCGAUCAAAGAAGGUCUUGUGAAGAAGGACUUUUUUGGCCGAGUGAGCGAUGACAUCUCAAAGGCCGGCAGGAAGGUCUGGGUUACCUACCAUGAAGGGUUCUCGAAUGCCGUUCGGAAACCCAUCUCAAUGAGCGAGUUGCUCGCGGGUCUGUGA